AAUGACAGUUCUGCAUAGUGUUUUUGGAAAUGAGGAAUUAAAAUUAGACAAAAAAUUUCCAUUUACAAUUUAUUGAACUGGACGCAAACAUAAAAUUAUUCAUUUACGGUUCUAGAACGGAUUUGUGAAUAGAAAUAUUGUGUGUUGAUUGUGUUGUUAAGAACAAGAAAUAAAUUAAAUUACAAAAAUAGUGUUUCAUGAAGCGAACUUUUUUUUCCUUCAAAAUCUCUUCACAGUGAAAAUUUUGUGAUUUCAUUUUGUGUGUUAUAAGUUGUUCAUGUUUAAAGCCCUCAUGCAAAGUUGACAAUGUUUUCAAAAUGAUAAUUUGAACUAUCCGAGACGAAUAAAUAAGGAAUUAAUAAUUUUAGUGCUGCUGCAGUAAAUAUUGGUUUGUGAGACAUGGAUUCCGAGGAACUAGAUCCAAGGAUUCAGGUUGAGUUGGAGAAUCUAAAUACAGCUACGGACGAUAUAAAUAAAUUGGAAAUCGAACUAGAGGAAGCCAAUUCAACAUUUCGCAUACUAUUAAACGAAUCGACAAGGCGCUUGAAAUUACUUUCAAAGAAAUUAGGUAGUUGCAUCGAAAAGGCUAGACCUUAUCAUGAGGCUCAAGAAAAGUCCCGACUAGCGCAAAUUGAGUGCCAGGCGGCUGCUGUAAAAUUUCAACGAGCUAACGAAAUAUAUGCUGCCGCAAAGGAAACGGUCGCCUUAGCUGAACAGAGAUUCAUGAGCAAUUCACAUGAGUGGCAAUUCGACAAUGCUUGGCAGGAAAUGCUCAAUCAUGCUACUAUUAAGGUUAUGGAUGCUGAGAAACAGAAAACCGAUUGCCAUGCAGAACAUCAAUUGAAAGCGAGUAUUUUUAGUGCGGCUGAAAUGAAGGUACAACAAUUGGAAGACCGUGUGCGGCGCAGCAUUCAAAAGUCCCGACCCUACUUCGACGAGAAACAAAUAUGUCAAGAUCAACUACAAACACAAAAGGAACGUAUCCAGGAGCUUCAAACACAGAUUCAAUGUGCAAAAACGAUGUAUUCGACGUCAUUGAAAAAUCUCGAACAAAUCAGCGAAGAAAUUCAUCGACAACGUGGCGAUCUGAGUGCAGUAGCACCGUCUGGUCCACGUGAGCCUGGCGUCGGAGCCGAACUGACCGUUACACAUGUGCCGGAAACAACGAAAUGCCGAUCAAACAUACUAAACGUAAAUGUACUUCCAAUGUUAGACUUUGCAGCUGAACUGGAGAAGUGUGAGGUAGCGUCACACGGCAAUACGUCGGUAGCGACCAGUUCAGCAGUCAGCGAGAAAGGUGAUGAUAGUGACGACGAUUUAGAUCUGGAAUUGUUACGACAAAAAGUAAAGGUGUUGGCGGUACGACCUGUCGAAGGCGGUGACGGACAACAAACACAGGACGUGUGGGAGAGUGAACUGAAUGACACUGUGAACAAAUUGGAUCGAUUGAUGAUGAUGCGUGAGAGUGCCAUCACAAAUCCGAUUAGCCUUCCAAGCACACCGGUUAAGAAAUCACCAAGUCCUAUAAAGAUGUUCAAAAAGGUAGAACCGCUACCCAGUGUGAAUGUAUCGAUGAGAGAACUACCGCUGCUGGCUCGAAUAUCGAAUGGAAUUGAAAAAUUCCAACGAAAGAGGAGACUGUCCUUGGAAUAAGACUAACUUCGUCUGGUGUUUUCUGGUGACGAAUGAUCGAUGUUCGCUUAGAAAGCCUUUACUUUUCGAUAAAUUAAUUUUGUGUAUUAGAAAUUGGAGGUGAGGAAACAUUUUUGUUCGAAAUAAAUAUUAUUUUUCAAGUACGUUAUUUGAAAGACAGGAGACAAGCAUUCAAAGAAUACAUUCAGUACAUAUGCCCAAUACUUUUGACGGUUUCAAAAUUGAUUGGUUAGGUAGCCAUGAAUUAAUUUUGUCCAAUUCAUUUAUGCAUACGCCAGUACGCUAAUGAGAAUCCUUCAAACAAAAUUACUUUCAUCUUAUGGCAUAGAGUUACCAGGUAUAUGUUGCUCAUUCCUCACUUAAAAUCACUCUGCUUAUUCUUGUUGGAUAU